AUAGAACCGGGAGCAGACGACAACCCUCAGAAGACUCGUGUCAGCGAGGGAUCAAUAUCACUUACAGUCCUUAAAGGAAAAAACACAAGAAGGGGGUUUUACAACAACCAACGAAAUCGGCAAACACACAGGGUUUUUUUUAACGUAAGGAAGUCUCUCAAAGAAAAAAACCCAGAAGAAACUUGCAAAAUGAGUUCGGACGAAGAAAAAGGUGAUUCCCAUGGCUCCGUUUUCAUGCGAGCAUCCGAUAGAUACCCACGCACCCCAAAAUGUGCAAGAUGCAGAAACCAUGGAGUGGUGUCCGCCUUGAAAGGUCACAAACGGUACUGUAGAUGGAGGGACUGUGUAUGCGCAAAAUGCACCCUGAUAGCAGAAAGGCAACGCGUGAUGGCGGCUCAGGUGGCGCUCAGAAGACAGCAAGCCCAGGAGGAGAACGAAGCCAGGGAAUUGGGGAUGCUCUAUGGACCUAAUGGUCUCCUCCAGCUGAAUCCUGAAACUAUCACCAUGUUUCCUGAUGCCAAGAAAGUGGUUGAUACAAGCGGGAGUGACAGAGAGGAUGGACCAGCUACAAAACGACAAAAGCUAGACUCUUCCAGAACCGAUUCUCCGGUUUCGCGGUGUUCAUCAGAAGAUAUGAACGAGAGGACGCAUUCACCAGCCGAUUCAACAUCGCCUCCGACAUCUCCAAAACUUGCAGAUCCGCCCUCACCAAGCGAUGACAAACCGGAACCAUUCCCAAAGUCCCCCUUUGAGGAAGGUCUUCUGGCAGGUAACUCUAAAAAGAAUCCCAUAGAAAUGCUUCAAAGGAUUUUCCCACACAUGAAAAGAAGUGUUCUUCAGCUCAUUCUGCAAGGCUGCAAUGGUGAUGUUGUGCAGACGAUAGAACAAGUCUUAAGUAACCACGGCACAGACCAAUCAUCGGCGACAUCUACCUCAUCUAGUUCAUUCAUGCCACAUCCUGGCCUAGUGUCUACCAUGACAAAUUCAUCCCUUAGAUCAGCAUUUUCUCCAAUCUCCACACUUGCUAACGCACAUACAUUAAAUUCGAUGAGGUAUGCAUGGGGAAGUAUGGGUGGAAGAGGACUGCUUGCCAUGCCCUACCCUCCUGUUUUACCGGGGCUAACCCUGGGCGCUGCUUACUCAAAUUACAGUGGUUUGAAUUCAUCUUCAAAUGGCGCCAAACCUUUUCAUUAUGCCAUGUGUCCUUGCUGCACCACGAAACCAUUUCCCUCAUCCAACUCGGAGAAGUCAAGCUGCAUCGCUGAAUAAUGAGAUGACAUAAACUAUCUUCAUGCUGUGGUGAUCGCAUUUAAUUAUUUGAAUAACAUUACACUUUGAUGUAGGAAACACCGAGAUUGUUUCAUAUUGUAUCUGUGCUUUUGGUCGUGGCAUUUGUUGCAAGUCGCUCUAUGUAGAGACGUCUGGACUGAACAAAAGUCGUAAACGUCAGUGCUUAGAACUACACAUUUAUAUUAGCAUAGAUUAAAUUGUAAAUAGUAUUACGAUAUUGUUAAAUUAUUUUCAUCACCUUGUGUAUAUUGUCAUGGUUAUUUCACUGACAUUAUAUGUCAAUAAAUGAAAAGAACAAAAAAAGAA